CGCGACAACAUCAUGAAGUUAAUCAGGGCACUGACCGUACUCGGUUGUGUUUUGUGUGUGUCGGGUUCAGGAAGCAACGUGCUGGUGAAUCUGUUUCAAACGGAGAUAAAGGACUGUAUCACCGAGAAUGGAAUACGGCCAGUCUUUCAUAAAGACGCAUUUGUGAGACUUAUCCUCGCCACGGUUCAGAAUGCUGAGGCAUUUCGAAACGUGAUGAAAUGCGCAGCGUUACGGGUGAAGUUAGAUCCGAAGCACACGUUGCACAGCACCAUGCAUUUGUUUGAUAUCGACGUCACCUCAGCCAUCGUGAGCAACAUGUAUAACAGCACACCUUUGGAUGACUGGAAUUGUCUCCAGGGGAGCCUUUUGACGUCACAGUGCGUUGAUAUGACAACGUUAGGGACAAGCUGCAGGGAGCAUCUUCAAACGGCCAACGCCACGUGCAGUCAGUUGAUGUCCACGUGGAACUGCACGGGCGCCGUGAACGUCAUUAUACAGAACGUCGUCAUGAUGAUGUUCGGGAAAUGCCUCUUCGAUACUAGUGACAUGAGCACAUCAAUCACCAAGACGACGGUUCUUACCAUGGAUCAUCUACCAACUACCUCACCUCUUCCGGACAUUGCACUGAUUUUUGAGUCCGGUUUUAUCAAGUGUUCUGUGCAAAUGUUCGCCUCAGAGUUUAUGAGUCUUCACUUUCUUUUCCCACCUUCACAGCAGACGCUGGACGACAUCUUGUUUGAGGCAGAUACUGGUGUCAAUGUCACGGCCAGACACGAGCGAAUCAAGGGAAUAUUCUGCAGCAAAGUAGCGGAUUGGACGUCAUGUGUUCAAAAUCGUCUGCGGACGGACACCGGAAAUCAGAUCAACAAAUUGCUAAGUGCGUUCGUCAACAUAGAUGGUCUCGGGAUACAGAUGAAAACCUACUGUGACAAAAGUCAUCAGAUUACAUCGAUGUACGUCUGCACGCUGGCCAAGACAAAGAGCAGCACGUGCAAUGGAGGUAUCAUUGAUGUGCUCGACGAAAUCAGCACGAAACCUUUCGACCCGAACCAGUACGGUGAUAAGUGUGGAGAGUUGCGACGAAGGAUAAAGUGCAGUGUGACCGAGCUAUCCGGGUGUAACAUGGAGUAUGGAUCAACCAUGGACUUGUUUCUGAAUGGUCUGCUAAAAGAUGACUGCAAAGCGGGGGCCAACUUUACAGAAAGCGUCGACAAUGGAGGCAGAGGCGACUCGACCUCGAAACCGUCGGGUCAAGGAAGCAGGAAUAACGCUGGCUCUAACAAGGUCGCACGUAGUCUGACCAUGACCUUAGUGCUGCUUGCUGUGGGCUUCGUUGCCGUGAUGAGAAAGUGAAAGUGUGCGUUCUUUAUACGUAAUUUUUGUAGAUGGACUAUCCAAUUGUUUUCCCGAAACAAAACUUUCAAAUCCUUUUAGGUAUUUACUCCAAACUGCAUAGAUUGAUAUAUUGAUGAUAGAUGGAAUGCAGUGCCCAAGAGUAACGAAGUAUAACUUAAGCGUACACCUUAGUUAAAUUUGCUGACAAUAAUUUUAAAUCAUCUGUUAUAGAGAUAUGGAAUACAAGUCAGAUGUGUAUUCGACAAUUUGCAACUAGACUAAGAUUUACACAUCUAAUACAUAAAAAAGAUUGUUUGGAUGUUUUACUUUCAUUGGAAUGUUCAAUACAUAGCACCAAUAUUGUUUAAGAUGUACGUUAUUCCAUAAUACCUCUCUAAAAGUCUUGGUAUGUAUCUUAAAGUUACCAUCUUAGAAUGAAUGUUCAAGUUGUAGCUAUAUACAUUUUAUAAUUAUUUUAUAUUAAUGAUGAGUCUUUUGAUGAUAAACACGUUCUUUAUCUGACUGUCAAUUUAAUAAAUUGUGUACACUGUUGUUCUUUAUUGAUGUAAAUAUUAUUUCGUUUAUUAUCACAUAACUAACCUCUUUUCUCUUGAUCUGACAAAAUAUUCAUGCAAACAAGUAUUUAUAUGUGUAUAUAUAUUUUUGUAUGUCAUCUUUUUAAAAGAAAUGUCUUAUUUAAUAGAAAAUAUUAAAUCCAUUAAAAAAAUCAUUGCACAAAACUUUUUAUUAUUAAUCUGAACGUAUACAUUUUUUUUCAAAAUAUAUAACAAAUGAUACUACUUUUCAUAAUAUAAUACUUACACACACCAAUAAAAUCCUACCAAAUCUGGUAGGAUUUUCUUGUGAUGGAAGAGAUUGUACGUAAGAGCAUGGAACGACAACUCUGCUUGAAGAUUGUAAACGCAUCUGCAUUUUUAGCAUAAAUACAUUGUAUUGUAUUGUUUACUGUUGGCCUAUUAUCGUUUU